AUGGGUAUUCCGAAAAUGAAUGCAUCAAUACUGAUGUCAAUGAUCGGCCUUAGUUCUUUUGUUGGAAGAUGUACACAUAGAUUGUUGGCGAAUUUAAGAUAUGUCCCUCCUAAGUUAGUGUAUGUGUUCAACACAACAGUGGAAGGAACUGUGUUGAUGCUUCUUCCACUCACGAAAGGAAACUAUAAUUAUAUGGCAAUUAUCAGCUUAUUGUUUAGAUUGUGCAAUGUAACUUACUUUCCCCUUGCUGCCGUAUGUGUGAAACAAUCCGUGGGUGUCGAUAGUUUUCCAAAAGCCUUUGGGUGGUUUCUGUUAUGUCUUGGUACUGGAAUAAGUUUAGAUCCUUAUCUUGGAGGUUUGAUGAUCGACGUUACCUACAAUUAUGAUGUAUCAUUUCUGGUUGCUGGUGGAUGUCUAUUGUCAUCAGGGAGUAUCUUGGGUGCUAAACUACUCCAUAGAAGAAUCAAAGCAGGAAGACACACAAAUAAUACAUAUAAGAUCUGUACUACCGUGGACGUGAUUCAAACACAAGAUUGA